AUGCCGUCAUCUUGGGAUCAUCGGAUGCGGGGCAGCAGCAGGAAGCCAUCGAAGCCAGGGUGCCGGCCUGCUGUGCUGCGCACCGACCGCCUUCCUCCACCCGCCCCUCCCUCCACCACCCCGCCUCCCCUGCUCCCACCUUCUGCACCACCUGCUGCACCCUCUCGCCCCAAACUCUCACUUUCACUCGCUCUGCCAUGCUGCCACGCACUGCCAACUGUCACACCCUCUGCUGCCGCUGCUGUUGCGCUUUCAUGUGGGCGAGGGCUCAUCUUCCCCUGGCCUGCUGUUGCGCUUUCAUGUGGGCGAGGGCUCAUCUUCCCCUGGCCUGCUGUUGCGCUUUCAUGUGGGCGAGGGCUCAUCUUCCCCUGGCCUGCUGUUGCGCUUUCAUGUGGGCGAGGGCUCAUCUUCCCCUGGCCUGCUCUUGCGCUUUCAUGUGGGCGAGGGCUCAUCUUCCCCUGGCCUGCUCUUGCGCUUUCAUGUGGGCGAGGGCUCAUCUUCCCCUGGCCUGCUCUUGCGCUUUCAUGUGGGCGAGGGCUCAUCUUCCCCUGGCCUGCUCUUGCGCUUUCAUGUGGGCGAGGGCUCAUCUUCCCCUGGCCUGCUCUUGCGCUUUCAUGUGGGCGAGGGCUCAUCUUCCCCUCGCCUGCUCUUGCGCUUUCAUGUGGCCGAGGGCUCAUCUUCCCCUCGCCUGCUCUUGCGCUUUCAUGUGGCCGAGGGCUCAUCUUCCCCUCGCCUGCUCUUGCGCUUUCAUGUGGCCGAGGGCUCAUCUUCCCCUCGCCUGCUCUUGCGCUUUCAUGUGGCCGAGGGCUCAUCUUCCCCUCGCCUGCUCUUGCGCUUUCAUGUGGCCGAGGGCUCAUCUUCCCCUCGCCUGCUCUUGCGCUUUCAUGUGGCCGAGGGCUCAUCUUCCCCUCGCCUGCUCUUGCGCUUUCAUGUGGCCGAGGGCUCAUCUUCCCCUCGCCUGCUCUUGCGCUUUCAUGUGGCCGAGGGCUCAUCUUCCCCUCGCCUGCUCUUGCGCUUUCAUGUGGCCGAGGGCUCAUCUUCCCCUCGCCUGCUCUUGCGCUUUCAUGUGGCCGAGGGCUCAUCUUCCCCUCGCCUGCUCUUGCGCUUUCAUGUGGCCGAGGGCUCAUCUUCCCCUCGCCUGCUCUUGCGCUUUCAUGUGGCCGAGGGCUCAUCUUCCCCUCGCCUGCUCUUGCGCUUUCAUGUGGCCGAGGGCUCAUCUUCCCCUCGCCUGCUCUUGCGCUUUCAUGUGGCCGAGGGCUCAUCUUCCCCUCGCCUGCUCUUGCGCUUUCAUGUGGCCGAGGGCUCAUCUUCCCCUCGCCUGCUCUUGCGCUUUCAUGUGGCCGAGGGCUCAUCUUCCCCUCGCCUGCUCUUGCGCUUUCAUGUGGCCGAGGGCUCAUCUUCCCCUCGCCUGCUCUUGCGCUUUCAUGUGGCCGAGGGCUCAUCUUCCCCUCGCCUGCUCUUGCGCUUUCAUGUGGCCGAGGGCUCAUCUUCCCCUCGCCUGCUCUUGCGCUUUCAUGUGGCCGAGGGCUCAUCUUCCCCUCGCCUGCUCUUGCGCUUUCAUGUGGCCGAGGGCUCAUCUUCCCCUGGCCUGCUCUUGCGCUUUCAUGUGGCCGAGGGCUCAUCUUCCCCUGGCCUGCUCUUGCGCUUUCAUGUGGCCGAGGGCUCAUCUUCCCCUCGCCUGCUGUGCGUGUGCCUGGCAUGGCACUCUCAAUCGCCCGCACCCUGCAGCAAACCUUUUCUGCUGAGCUAGCAACCUUGGCUGCUGAGCUGGCAACCUUGGCGGUCGAGCUGGCAGUCAUACCAGUAGAGGGGACCGUGGUACCAACAGAGCAGGCAGCAGUGCCAGCUGCUGUGCCAGCAGCAGCUGCUGCAGCAGUGGAGCCAACAGCGCAGUGA